AUGCAGCAACCGCUCCACACAAUCCAAGGGAAACAAAAUGCGGCAGACUUGUUUCUUGUUUCCUCUACCACUCAGCAACCAGACAUUUCGGUAGCCAGUAGCAAAGCACGUAAAGGUAUCGCGAAGAAAAAAGAUGAGCCAGCAAAGAAGGAAGAAAAGAAGAGAAAAGAUGAAAUCAAGAAGGACGAUCAGGAGAAAAAGAAGGAUGAAGGAAAAGUAGUGAGUUGA